UGAAUUUUAAGAACAUAGUCCUAGUUCUGACUUCUGACUAAAAAGAAAAAGAUCAUGGGCCUAAUAAAGGCCCAACUAUUAUCAAAGAUGGACCAACGGCACACAGAUCUCCCCGCCUUUAUAUAUCACGACGGAGACAAACUCAAGCCACGACGGUUCUCCGAGAGAGAGAUUUUUCAAAAAUCAACAUUGCAACAGAAGCAAGAACCCUAAUCGAGUACAAGCUCUGAUUCCACUGAUUAAUCUCUAAAAAAUGGCGAGUGAGAGUUCGCUAUCUUCCUCUCCGUCGUCAUCUCAACCCCCGUCAUCUUUACCUUCUCCGUCGCCGGGGAACGACGUCGGAGAUACGUUUAUAGGAAGUUUCAUCAGUCUAAUUUCUAAGUACGAGAUCCGUUACGAAGGCAUUCUCUACCAUCUCAACGUUCAGGACUCGACGCUAGGUCUACAAAACGUAAGAUCAUGUGGAACGGAGGGGAGGAAGAAAGAUGGGCCGCAAAUUCCGCCGUGUGAUAGAGUUUACGAUUACAUUCUUUUUCGUGGAAGUGACAUUAAGGAUCUGCAAGUUAACCCAUCUCCAUCUGCUCAAUCAAAACAGGAGAUUCAAAGUGAACAAGACAUCAAUCAGUCCUCUCACUCUAGGCCAGCUAUGACUAUGAGCUCUCCAAUUUCUGGCUAUGAUAGCGGUUAUGGUUUGGGGAGAGGAUCACAAUGGAUCAAUACACCUGCUUUGAGUAGUAAACCGGUUCCUGUCACACAACAUUCAUCAGUCCCUUUAAGUUUCCAGCCUCCUUCUUCAGCUAAUGCUGGAAGUUUGACAGAUUCACCAGUGAGCUUAAUUGGUUCAACUCAAAGUAAUGUUGGUUCCUCUAUGCCCAUGCCUUCUUUUGUGCAAGGUAACAAAUUAGCUUCCACUGGUGUCCCUCUUGGUAUGAAGCAGCAGCCAGUUUCAUCCUCCUCGACCGUACCCAAUGAUUCGCAGAUUAUAGAUUAUUUUGCUUCACCAAUCAUGGGAGUAGUGAAUGAUUCAACACAGGUUGUUACUCGUUCACCUGAUGUUGCUUCUAAUCGAUCAUACUCUUCCAACCCUUCUCCCCUUGGUCAAGCACAACUCCAUACUCCACCUGGCCUUGCUUCAGCACCCUCUAACCUUUCUCCACCUUCUGAACCGCAGCUUUCUGCUCCAAAUAUUCAGAACAGUUACCCCAGUGCGCCUCGGGCUGUUGGUAAAGUUGUCUAUGACUCUCAGUCUGAUCAUCCAAACCGAUCUAUACCUUAUGAGUUACCUGCUGUGGCCUCCAAUUCAUCUCCUGUGAUUCCUGGUCCAUUGUCAAAGUCGCCUGAGUCAUUCUUCGGUAUGAAUCCGUUACCGCAAUCUAGGCAGCAGAUGGUAUAUAGGGGUCAAGAGAUGUUUGCACCUAACCCGAUAUCAGCGAAUGUGCCAUCACAAAGUUUUGCUAUCAGAAAUCAUGCACCGUUGCUGCCUCUUCCAGUUUCAGCUCAUCAGUCUCGGAUCCCUAGUUCUAGCAUUGAGUACACUGAAGAAUUUGAUUUUGAGGCAAUGAAUGAGAAGUUCAAUAAGAGUGAACUAUGGGGUUAUCUUGGGAAAAGUAACCAGAGAAAUCAAAAUGAUUACCGGGAAGAAACUGCAAUUGAGCCAAACGCUGAAGGGAACGUACAGCCUGCAUAUAACAAGGAUGACUUUUUCGACACAAUCUCAUGCAAUCCACUUGACCGUGUGGGAAGAAGCGGACAACAGCACACCCAGUUUCCCGAGCACAUGAGACAAGUUCCUGAGGCAUUUGCUAGUAAUUUUCAAAGGCCACCUCCACUACAACCAGGUCAGGGUGCAUAUCUCGCUGCACAAACCAAUUACAGAGGCGGAUACCACAAUAACAACUACUACGCAAACUCGGGUUAUGGUUACUACUCUGGUGGGAGAGGCCGAGGCAGAAACACACAUUUCUGACCUGCUGCGUUAUUGUCUUCCUCAGAACGCUUUAUUGGUCACUUGCGUACCCGCAUUUCUUCUCUUACCGCUUCUUUUAAAUUCAGCUUUUCGGGUAAAAAACAGUUUUACGGUUACCACAUCUCUAGAUGUGUAGGCAUAUCAUAUUGGCAAGUUCAUGUUCCUUUUUAAAAUCUGAUGAGCUUUAGCCUCAGGAGAGAAUGUUUGUUCAUGUAGAGAGAACAAAAAGUACUACGAACCUUUUUGGUAUAUGCACAUCAUUAAAUAUAUACGUACAUCAUAUGCUUUAAUAUUUAA